UGUGGUGGUCAUCUUCUCUUUCCAGAUUUGACUAUCUCCAUCAAAGAAAACUUGAAAACCAACCACCCCAGCAUCUUGCAAGUUCAUCCGUCCGAUGUCUGGAUUCCAGGUCACCAGUCGGCCCCAGAAGCCAAACACCACACCAAACGCAAUCUACUCCACCUCUCCUUCGUCUGCCCAUCACCCCGCCGUAAGCCCAAUCCUGCGUAACUCUCGUACCUCUCCCGAUCUGCGUUCUGCCGAACUCGAACAUCGUCCGCCGAUGAUCCCCAGCGGCUCCCAGGUACUCGUCACCCUCGAUAUCGAUGCCGCCUACUUCGUCGAUCUGUCCGGCUCAACCUCUCCUGCAGCCAUCAAGGAGAGAAUCUAUGCCAAACUAGGAAUAUAUGAUGACGAUCAUGCCAACUUCAGAAUCUCCCGCUGUCGAGCCGGCCAGCCCGUCGGCCAACCACUAGACGACUGGCAACUCUGGGAUAUGUGCAUGCGAGCCGCCAAGGAGUCUGACCCACCCAUGCUCAUCGUCCUCUCAACCAUCUCCAACAACAAUCAACCACUCAGCUCUCCCCAUCAUCUACAUCAUCCCCCACCACCCCUGACCCCUUCGGCUCAUCAUCAGCAGCCAGCCUACCAUCGUCAUCAUAGCAGUCAUAGCUCUCAUAACCUCAAUCAGUCCCCAAGCUCACCCGACUCUUACUCUCAUCUCAAGCAUGACUAUCGUUCAUCCUCAGCCGGCAGUCGCGAUUCUCCCGAUCCAUCUCAGCACCAUCUCCCAUCUCGCUGUCGCUGGCAGCGCAUCAGUCGCGAACAACUCCAACACGCUCGAGAUGGCUCUUCAUCCUCAUCCCACCCUCCCCUACCCCCUCUGGUCCACACCUCCUCAUCUGUCGAUAUCCGAAAUCAAUCAUCCGCUUCUGUUUACAUCCCAAACCAUCCCUCACCCGUCAACAGCUCCUUUCCUGACGAUCACCGCCCUUCCCCUAACUCAAACACCCCUUUCGAACUUCCCGUCUAUCCCAACUCGCAUCGUCCCCCUCGCCCUCAGAUCGAAACCCCUGAUGACUGGAUCCGUAUACAGCACCCAUCUCGUCUCUCUCCUGAACCUCAUCCCCCACCAAAUCCCGCCCUAGUCGACGCCCCUCCGAUCCUGCACCAAAGCUCGUCCCAUCACUAUCCUCUUCUCAGCCCCCGCUUCCUAGCCACACAGACCCUCGGCUGGCUGACUACCACCGUCAACUUCGAUCCGCUAGCUCGUCCAACUCCAAGAACGCGCCUGCUACCGCCACCACCCGAAGAUUCCCUGCCACCAGUCAACCAUCCAACCGGAGAGAUCUACAGACAGCCAAGAGUAUGGAAGAACUACACGCCCAGCAUUCCAGUGAAUCACGCAAGCGAACCACCCCAGGCCUCACUCAUCCCCCUCUACCAAACGAUUCUGCCUUCAAGAUAGCCGCCUCUCCGGCUUCGAGGGCUCCUCCUCCACUUCGAAUUCCUCGUAACGAUCCCUCACUCCAACGCCCAAACCAACCUGCUCGUCCUAGCUACCCCCCUCAGACAUCUCCCAGCUUCCCAUUCCCUCAGCCUACGAUCAAUCCUCACAUGCGAUCCUCACGUCCGGCUGGGCCACCCGGAUACGGCUCUAAUGCUCCGACAUCUUCCAAUGGUCUACCCCGGAUCGACCCUCGGAACGUUCUCCCCAACAUCGGAAGACCUCCUCCAGUGACUAGCUCUAGCCUUUCAGCACGUAAUCCCCGCGUUUCUCUACAAAUCUACGAAAAUAGGUAUCUCGAUCAAGCUAGGCCACCCCCACGGCCUCGCACUGGUGAUGGUUCAUCACCCAUGCGACCUAGCCAAUUUUCAGAUCGACAACUGCAAGGCUCACUUGCGCCUCAAGCAUAUUUCCAACAAGCACCUGGUUAUGCUUCCAUUCCUCUCAGACCUGGUGAGCUCUUGCAGGAUGUUACAGGGGCCGGUCGACGACGGGAACGGGAUCAAUCGCGCGAAUAUCGCAGUGAGCUCGAGCGAGAGCCUGCCAAGCGGAGACCCAACAUGGCAUCUCCUACGAUCGGUCAACCCUCCUCAUCAAGAUUCGCACGAAUCGAAGAUCAACCCGAAGGUUUCUUGAGGUCACCUCUGACCGGUCCUCUCGAACGUUCCAGUCGACGCCCCGCCACAGAAAAUAGCCGAUCACGACCUUUCGACAACGGUUCAACCAAACCUUUUGAACCCCUCUCAUCAACAACAUCGCCCGCUUCAGGCCAUACCAUUCAGGAUCCAUAUGGAGGUGUUGAAUCAGAGCUGAUCAGACAGAGAGCCAACCUCGACUUUGACCAAGAACAUUCCUCCGAACAAUUGGAACGUUCUCGGAAUUCGAACAAUCCAUCAUCGCUGAGUAUGUCACAGGCUAAUGCCCGUCUCACCGGAAUAGGAAGACCAGAGCGUCGAUUGGCAAACGGUUCAGCUCGGAACUCCGAUGAGAUGAAAUUACGCGAUAAGAGCCUGGGAGAAACCAGCCCGGAAGAUCUCACGGUUCCUCUAAAUCAACUGACGCUUGACAGUAUCCCAAUCCCAUCUUCAACAGCAUCUGAUGAGGCCCCGAUCACUGAACCUCUAAAAAGGCUCACCAGGGGUCGGUCCUCGACGAGUGCUUCAGCAUCCACAGGAACUUUCACAAGUUUCACCAGCUCAUCCUUCACAAACCCUUCGACGACGGCUUCGGUCACUACCCCGCCUAGCAUGACCAAGAUGUUUCAAGACCUUGAUGAUGAUGACGAUGAUGAUGUGGUGGGGACGUUUGUGACACCGAUGCAACCGUAUGCCGAAACUGAAGAGAAGCCAGGAAGUCUAAUAAAGCCUAAGCUGAGCUUGAAGACGGAUACCAUCAACCCCACUGGGACAAUGAAGUCCGAUUUCAAGGUGCCCCGGAUAGAGAAAGAAUCAGCGAGCGAGAAGCCGAUAGAAAACUCGGUAGGAUCAUCGAGUUCGACCUUAAAAGGACAAACCCUGACGAACAAUGGGAACUUGAAUGUAUCGUCUUCGGCUGACCAACGAGACAGCCGACGGAUCUCGUUCACAGGGGAUGAUUGGGCGGUCCGGCCCCCGAUCGACGCGGUGUACGAGAACCUAGAGGACUUUUUUCCGCACCACGAUCUGGACAAACCGAUCGAUAUUGGAGUGGACCCGCCGGACCUAAAUUCGCCCUCGAGUCCCGCGACGGGCGGACUUAGUCCGGCGGCGGUCGUUCCAACAAUGACGCCGACGGCUCACAGCGCCUCUUCGAUCGCCCGGCUCAAAGGCCGCACUCGCUCCAUUCGCGUCGUGGCCCAGGAGAAGAAAAAACUCCUCAGACGCACCGAGGACAAGGCCCGGGCGGCCUCCCAGAAACUUGGCACCGCUGAUAGACUUGCUCUCCGUGAAUCAGGCGUCGAGAUCGACGGCAGAGGCGCUGCGCUCCUCAGACGUAAAUCUACUAAGCUCUGGGGCGCUAAGAUCCAGGAAGUCGUCCCUGGUGAUCAGGUCUCUAUUCCUCCUAUCAACGAAGCCACCAUGGGUGAUGAUGCCAAUAAUUUCUCUUUUAAAUGGGUUAAGGGUGAAUUGAUUGGUAAAGGUAGUUUUGGACAAGUUUAUCUAGCAUUGAAUGCUACGAAUGGGGAGAUGUUAGCGGUCAAGCAGGUUGAGCUGCCCAAGACAAGAAGCGACCGGGAAUGCGAACGGCAGAAGAGUGUUGUCAAUGCGCUGAAGUCUGAGAUCCAUCUGAUGCGAGACCUCGAGCAUCCUAACAUUGUCCAAUACCUAGGUUUUGAAGAGACAACGGUGUAUCUUAGCAUCUUCCUCGAGUAUGUCUCCGGUGGCUCAAUCGGUAGGUGUCUUCGACGACAUGGUGCCUUCGAAUUAAACGUCAUCAAGUAUUUCACAUCGCAGAUUUUGGAAGGGUUGAAGUAUUUACAUGGCCUUCAUAUUCUGCAUAGAGAUCUAAAAGCGGAUAAUUUGUUGGUAGAUUUCAGUGGGAAUUGCAAGAUCUCUGAUUUCGGAAUCUCGAAGAAAUCCGAGCAUGUGUACGAGGACAACACGCAGAUGUCACUACAAGGGUCGAUCUUCUGGAUGGCCCCUGAGGUGGUCCACAAUCCGACCAAGAAGGGAUACUCGGCUAAGGUUGAUAUCUGGUCUCUGGGCUGUGUGGUUUUGGAGAUGUUUGCUGGACGCAGACCUUGGUCUGAUGAGGAGGCUAUUCAGGCUAUGUUUAAAUUGGGCGCUGAACGAUUAAGGCCACCCGUACCACCGGACGUGAAGCUGGGUCGAAUGUCGGACCACUUCUUGGCCCAAUGCUUCAUCGUGGAUCCCGAGGCUAGACCAACUGCUGAUAGAUUAACUGACCAUCGCUUCUUGGAGAUCGAUAAUAAGGCCUGGAGGUUCGAGGACUCGGAGCUUUAUAGAUCGAUCCGGAUGCCACAUUGAUCCACUCCUCUUCCCUCUUCAACACACACUUGAUCCAUAUCCUCUCUCCUCACUGGUCACCUGCUGAUUCAGCUCUUUUCUCUCCUUCUUUAUCUCAUCAAAUCACAAAAAAAUAACAAUUUUAACCAAGCCAAGCCUUUCUUUGUAUAAUUAUUUCAGUCCUUGUUUGUUAGUUUGUUUGUUCUUUUUUUUUGGCCGGUUUGGUUCCCUCGUUUUAUUCACAUACACACUAAUUUCUCAGCUGGGUUUUGCUUCUUCUUGGUUUUUUUUAGAUGAUCAUAUAAAAAUAUAUGUUAUAUGUGGUAGGUAGAUGGAUGAGAGUGUAUAUAGAGAUUUUUAGAUAUAUAUAUAUAUAUAUAUAUGCAUAUAAUAAUUUGUGCGUGUGUAUAAGUGUGUGUAUAUGUAUGAUGAAAGUUGUCUCUCUGCUUCUUCUUUGCUUAUUCCUUUCCUCUCUCUCUCUCUCUCCUCUUCUCCCUUCUCUCCCCCUUGCUUUUACGUUUGUUUGUUUGUUUGGUUUUGUGCAUGAACAUAGUAUCUCUAGAAUUUAUGUUUUGAUUCUGACCACUUCUUUUUAUUUUCUGUUUUCUUUUUCUGGGAUUUUUUU